AUGCGUGGUGUGUUUCUUUGUUAUAAAGAAGCAGCUAAAAUUAUGAUCAAACAAGAUAAAGGAAGAAGAAUUAUUGGUGCUUGUAGUGGUGCUGGAUAUAAACUAGGUUUAACACAAGCUGCAGCUAUAGAAUGGGCUCCACAUAAUAUUACAGUCAAUGCUUAUUGUCCAGGAACAUCUAAGACAGUGAUGGGUGACAAGUAUAUUGAAGAAUCAGCAAAAUUUCUAGGGCAAGCAAAUGAAGAAUUUGAGAAUGAUAUGCUAAAAAUGACUCCACUUGAUCGCAUAGGACAUCCAAAUGACGUUGCAAACAUGGUUUCAUUUCUUGCGAGCAAAGAUUCUGGUUAUAUUACUGGACAGAGUAUUUUAGUGAGUGGUGGGGCACAUUUUUCUUAG